UUUUAAAGACUAAGUCUAAAUGGUUGACUCGAUUGAAACUACAAGGGCAACGCCGUGCGGACAGGGAAUGAUUUCUCUGUUUGCGUAUCUUGAAAUACACAUGAAUCUAUUGAAAACUCACAUUUUCAUUAGGUUUUAUCUUCAUAUUAUUGUUACAUUGCAAAACAAUGCUCAAUGACUAAUAUCUAUCAUUUUACUAUUACAUGAGAAAUCGAUCGCGUGGAAGAAAGAAAAAACACCCCCAUAUUGAAAAUGAACCGUCUUGGGGGCUUGCCCUGAUAUUUCAUCAUCCAAAAUAUGCGAAGUUUUACGUGUACAAUACACAUGUAUGUAUGUACCUCCUCUUGUGUGACUGAAACAGCUGUGCCCAACUUUAAACGUGUGUCACCACCAAUUGAUAUUGGUGUGGCAAUAUUUGGUCAACUCGGUCAGAUCAGUAGACUUGGGAAAUCUGUCCUCUUUGCUCAACCUAUGAAUUACCAGUGAAGAAAAUAUCAAAGUAAAUAUGUCUACAGACGGAAAAAAGCGCUGUCAGCCAGAAUGGGAGAGACCGAACGGAACACAGACGGCUCAGCUUCAUCUCUUCAACAGUCUCACGCGACAGAAAGAACCGUUUGUUCCUCAAGAAAGCAAGCGUGUUUCAUGGUACAGCUGCGGUCCGACGGUCUACGAUGCAGCCCAUAUGGGACAUGCAAGAUCAUACAUAUCUUUUGACAUCUUACGACGAGUGAUGACCAAAUAUUUCAACUAUGAUGUGACAUAUGUCAUGAAUAUCACAGACGUGGAUGAUAAGAUCAUCAAGCGUGCCCGGACCAACUACCUCUAUGAUCAGUAUGUGAAUGAGACAAGCGAUGUUGAUCAAGUAAUAGCUGAUGUCAGACUUGCUCUGGAGCCAUACCAAGCCAAGAUGAACAAGGAAACCAAUGCUGAGAAGAAAGAUAUGCUGAUGAAGAUAAUCAACAAAGUGAGAGAUUCUCUUGCAAAGUGUGAGACGGCAAAGAGCGAAGAACUUAAACAGAUUCUAUUACAAGAUGCCAAGGACCCGUUAGCCGAGAUGCUCGAUGCCCAAAAAGGCCGAGAUAUUUCCGAUAAAUCCAUCUUCUCUGCCUUGCCCCAACAUUGGGAAGCCGAGUUCCACAACGAUAUGAAUGCCUUAAAUGUCUUGCCUGCUGAUGUCUUGACCAGAGUAAGUGAAUAUGUCCCAGAGGUCAUCGAUUAUGUCCAGAAAAUCAUUGAUAAUGGAUUUGGUUAUGAAUCCAACGGAUCCGUGUACUUCACCACAUCAAAGUUUGACAACGACGAGAAGCACCACUACGCCAAGCUGGUCCCCGAGGCCUACGGGGAUCAGGCUGCCUUGGCCGAGGGGGAAGGGGACCUCAGCAUCUCUCCAGAUCAGCUCCAAGAGAAGCAAUCCGCCAACGACUUUGCCCUCUGGAAGAACUCCAAGCCUGGUGAACCAGAGUGGGAGUCACCUUGGGGAAUGGGAAGACCUGGCUGGCAUAUAGAAUGUUCUGCUAUGGCUAGCAGUAUACUCGGAGAGUCAAUGGACAUCCACACGGGAGGGGCUGAUCUCAAAUUCCCUCACCAUGACAACGAACUCGCCCAGGCAGAGGCUCACUAUUGCAACGACAACUGGGUCAGGUACUUCCUUCACUCCGGCCACCUGACGAUCCAAGGAUGCAAGAUGUCUAAAUCACUCAAGAACUUCAUCACCAUCAAACAAGCCCUUGAGACGUACUCCUCCAGGCAAAUCAGGCUAGUCUUCCUGCUUCACUCGUGGAAGGACACGUUAGACUACUCAACGGCUACCAUGGAAUGUGCAGUCCAGUAUGAGAAGAUGAUCAAUGAAUUCUUCUUAAAUGUGAAGGAUAUCAUUAACAACUCACCCAAGAGCGGCUGUGAAGCUUUCCAUAAAUGGACAACUCCUGAAAUAACACUCAACCAACAAUACCUGGAGUGCCAAGAGAAAGUGCACUGUGCCCUCUGUGACUCGAUAGAUACCAAGUCGGCGCUGGAUGCAAUGCGUACUGUUGUCACUCAGUGCAAUGUCUAUGUACAAGAACGAAGAGCAGCGAAGGAGAGCCCCAACGCUUUCUUGCUCGGAUCCGUUGCGAAGUACAUCACCAAGAUGUUCAAGAUAUUUGGAGCAAUAGAAGGAGAUGAUCCACUUGGUUUUCCAGUCGGGGGAGCCUCAGAAAGCAGUAAUGUUGAGGAAACAGUGUUACCGUACCUCAAAGUGUUGGCUGAAUUCAGACAGACAAUCAGACAGAAAGCAAGGGCUCUCAAAGCCACUGAGAUGCUGCAGGUGUGUGAUGCCUUGAGAGACGAUGUCCUACCAGAACUUGGGGUCAGGCUUGAGGAUAGGGAAGGAGAGAACUCGGUAGUGAAGCUGGUCGGCAGGGAUGUCUUGAUGAAAGAGAAAGAAUUCGCCAGACAGCAAGCUGAGGAGAAGAGGAGAAAGAAGGAGGAAGCCAAGAAGAGGGAGCAAGAAAAACAAGCAGCCAAAGAAGCGCAAGCGAGGAUACCACCUCAAGAGAUGUUCAGAAAAGAGACUGAUAAAUAUUCACAAUUUAAUGAACAGGGCAUUCCGACUCACGACGCAGAGGGCAAACCACUAAGCGGCAAGCAGAUCAAGAAACUCACAAAGCUUUACCAAGCUCAAGAGAAACUCUACAACCAGUUCAAUGAAAAUUGAUGAAGUCACCAGGGGGUUGGCUCUGGGACAAAUUACAGUAGGGAGUCAGAUAAAUGAAAGUACACAUAACUCUGCCCAAGUUGAAUCUCUUUGGACCAGAAAAACUUGUUCGACUUACAAGAGGUACAACAUGCGUUUUGAUCAAUCUGGUCUUCGGCAGAGUUAACUGUAGUUGCAGUACACACUGAUCUAAUGAGAAAAUCUGUAAAACCAAGAUUGUCACUAUAUCAUCGUGGAUCUUAAUCUGGUACAGUUACAUAAACUGAACUUUUUGAAAGCAUGAAGUCUACGGGUAAGCUGGAAAGAGAUCACAUAGUAGAUUGGCAACACAGAUAAGCACAUGUGGGACAGUGUAUUAUUAAUGCUAGGAAAAGUACCUGAUAUUUCGCUUGAAUCCUCUAUUUUAUAUUCUCAACAAUGACAAAUUUUCUUCCAGAAACCUUUGGCAAAUAUUUUUCAUUGUUUAUGCAAGCAGACACUUGGGUGGUCAUUUCAUUGGAUUCUGUAUACAAAUGAUGAAUGAACAUGAGUUCAUUCUGCGAUCUAUCUUCGCUCGAGUUGAGGCUCUGUUAAACUCAUUGCACAAAACCAUUACUAGGCUGAGUGCGAUGAGUUGAACACAGCCUCAACGAGAGUGGAUAGGUCCCAUAAUGCACGAAUGAAGACAUGCAUCAUUUGGUUUAUACAACUCUCCUAGAUCGUAUUAUUUGACAAAAUAGAAGACAAUAAAAAAAGAAGAUGGAAUUAAAAUAUAUUGGCCUUUGUCUGGCAACUCAUAUUCUCUGAUUAAGCGAUUAUUUUCCCCAUGUAUGAAAGCAGUAUAAUUGCUAUCAUUUUUUGUGACACGCUUUGAUUCAUGAAUCUAAAUGCACACGGUCGAGUCAGUCUUGCUGAUGCGCUUUAUUUACUUUGAUGCGCGCAAACACGCAUACAAAAUGUCCACACACACACAUGCUUAGUGGUAGACACUGAGGGAGAGGGCUCAACCCUGCAAUGGGAAAUUUUUAAAAAAUGCAUGGUCGCCUACUCGCCAUGCAUUGGAAAAUAAAAUUUGCAUGCAGCACACAAUGGAUCAAAUAUUGGAUGGCUUUUAACCAAUCAGACGACUAGAAUCUUUGUAUGAGUUAUAUAAUCUGAAAUAUUUCCUUGACUUGCGCAAAUAUUCAACUAACUAGUCCGUAUUCUGAAGUCGGGUAUAACUUAAACUCGGGUUUAAAGUUGUGGUUUAAGUAUGGAUAGCCAAACGUAACAUAAAUCACUAGCAGAAGAGAUAUCAUAUUUCAGCUCAUUUGGAUCUCAAAUCAUUCAUAAUUGUCUAGGAAGUAUAAAUAAACGAUCGUCUUUACCAUCGAUGGAUCAGGAAAGAGCACAGUAAACGUAAGAAACAUACAACUUAAUAAAAAUGUUGACACUUUUGGCUCCCCAUAAUUUUAGCCCAGAGUUAGACCAUGGUGUAAGUUGAACCCGACUUUGGAAUACCGGCCACUGUCAACUUAUGCAGGUUAACCACGCCAUGCUCAGUGGCUGUACACUAGUUAAUACUCCUAUCUACACUAAGCCACGACAUUUAGUCACUCAUUGUCAACAUGUGCAUAAGGGAGGUUCUUUCAUUAUUUAUUUUUUUGUCGUCGUUAUUCUGUCUCUGUUCACAGGGAAUAUUUUAUUUCUUUCCUGGCUGUACAAUAUUGUUUUUCAUGUUAAAUGGAUGGUCCAGGCUGGAGAUAUUUAUAUCUGACUAAAUAAAUUCACAAAGCAAAAUGCUGAAAAUUUGAUCAAAAUCGAAUAACAAUAGGAAAGUUAUUGAAUUUUAAAGAUUUGCAAUAUUCCGUUGAAACAGUUCUAAGCAUGUCUUUAUGUACGAUUUCAUGUAACGUAAGAAAAAGGAAAGUGGGAAUGUGACAUCAGCCCACUUAAUGAAUAUUCAUGACGAUGUGCAUACACAUAUUUUCACAAAAUAUUGAUAAACUUUAAAAUUCAAUUACUUUGCUAUUUGUUAUCCUAUUUUUAUGAAAUUUUCAGCAUUUUGCUCUGUGAAUUUUACUCCAUUUAUUUAGCUAUAUAUUUCCAGCCCAGACCAUCCCUUUAAGACAAAAUAUUAUAUACAGUGGUGCUCAAAAGUUAGUGAACCCCACCAAAAAAUAAACAUAUUUCAAUAAAGUUUUAACGAUCUGCCAUGUAAAUUUAGAUUAAUUGUGAGGUCCGAUGAUAAAAAUGUUACAUUCAAUACAGUUUGUUUUUCUUGGCUAGCCGAAUAUUGUAGCGUUGUUGUCUACAUUCAACACUCGGCAUGAAGGCGUGCGUUUUGUGGUGGGGUUCACUAUAAACUUGAGCACAACUGCACAUGUAAAUUAUAUGUAUUUACUAUUUAGAUAAUUUCAUGAAUACAGAGUAUCAUCAUCAUCGAAUAAUCAAAGUAAUAAAAGACAUGAAACCAAAUAA